CCCUUUGAAUUCUAGUCUAUUGAUCUUCAAGCUGAUGAAGCUGGGUCCUUUUUAGCGUCAUCCAGACCUUUAAAAAUACCCACAGCUCCGCUGACUUUUAAAGAGCCAAUCCACUUUCGACAAUUUCACGACCUAGAUAGGUAUUUCACGAAUCCACGCACAAAUCACCUUUCCGCCCGACAAACAGUUGUCAUACCUAACCCCGGAACCUCCUUAAAUACGACAUUUACAACACCGCUCUCACGAUAGUUCGCUCCUAUUAGAGCCUCUCACACUUUACCACAUCACCCGGCGUCUCCUCACACAAUCACAUUCUUCCCUUGCGUGCUCACCUCUCAGUGGUACACGGUCCGCGCAGGAAGUUGAUUAUUAGACCGUAGCAUCUUGAUCACCCACAGACCUCAACUCGAGACAAUUCCGCAUCAUCGACGCGGAUCCAACAAAUAUAAUGACGGACUCUUUAGCAGCGAAGUUAAGGGCCUCGACCCUCAACGAUGCCCCGCAGACCGAUGAUUGGAAAAAGAGUCUAAACAUCCCUCACCGCGACAACAGACACCAAACAGAGGACGUCACAAACACUAAGGGCUUAGAAUGGGAGGAUUUCAACCUUAAGCGAGACCUGUUAAUGGGCAUCUUCGAAGCUGGCUUUGAGAAACCAUCCCCCAUUCAAGAAGAAUCGAUACCGGUAGGCCUGACCGGACGAGACAUCCUAGCCCGAGCGAAGAACGGUACUGGUAAGACGGCAGCUUUCGUCGUACCAGCUCUAGAACGAAUUAACCCCAAGGUCAACAAAAUUCAAUGCUUAAUAUUGGUACCAACGAGAGAACUCGCUAUGCAAACAUCUCAGGUCUGUAAAACUCUCGGCAAGCACUUAGGAGUCAACGUCAUGGUCACUACAGGAGGUACCACUCUCCGCGAUGAUAUCGUCCGUCUUCAGGAUCCCGUCCACAUAGUAGUGGGCACUCCCGGCCGUAUCCUCGAUCUAGCUGGCAAGAACGUCGCCGAUCUCAGCGAAUGUCCCAUGUUCAUCAUGGACGAAGCCGACAAGCUGCUUUCUAUCGAGUUCACCCCCGUCAUCGAACAACUACUCCAGUUCCAUCCCAAAGAUCGCCAGAUCAUGCUCUUCUCGGCCACCUUCCCAUUGUCCGUUAAGGAUUUCUCAGAUAAGAACAUGGAAAGACCUUACGAGAUCAAUCUCAUGGACGAACUGACGCUACGUGGUAUCACUCAAUACUACGCCUUCGUCGAAGAGAAGCAGAAGGUCCACUGCUUAAACACGCUCUUUUCUAAGUUGCAGAUCAACCAGUCCAUCAUCUUCUGCAACUCGACCAAUCGUGUGGAACUGCUGGCCAAGAAGAUAACAGAGCUUGGCUAUUCAUGUUUCUACAGCCAUGCUAGAAUGGCGCAACACGCACGUAAUCGUGUUUUCCACGAUUUCCGUAACGGUGUCUGCCGUAAUCUCGUCUGUUCCGAUCUCCUGACUCGAGGUAUCGAUAUUCAGGCUGUAAAUGUUGUUAUCAACUUUGACUUCCCUAAGAAUGCGGAAACCUAUCUACACAGAAUUGGUCGGUCCGGGCGAUAUGGCCAUCUUGGCUUAGCCAUCAACCUGAUCAACUGGGAUGAUAGAUUUAAUUUGUACAACAUCGAGAAGGAUCUAGGCACCGAGAUCCAACCGAUUCCUGCUACUAUCGACAAGAGUCUCUACGUUUACGAUAACCCGGAGAGCAUCCCUCGUCCGGUCAAUACGUACGCCGCUAGACCGUUGAACUCUAGCUCCCAGCCCCAGGCAAUCGAGCAAUCGAACAACGUGCUAUCUCAGGGUAGAGGGCAAGGUAGCCAAAGCAACCGUGGCGGGCAUUUCAACGAUUCGCAGCCCUCUCAGUAUGGUCAAUCCAACCGUGGAGUAGGUCGUGGCGGUAACCGCGGUGGAAACCGUGGUCGAGGACGCGGUUACAACAAUUAUCGUGGCGGCGGCCGAGGCCAAGGUCAGCCACCCCAGUAAGCCCAGGCUUAUACACCGACGCAUUUAGACCCAGUGAGUGCCGGAAAUUCGGCAUCGACGCGGUUCUCAUGGAGUUUCAUCCCAUUUCCACUG